AUGACUUGGCCUAGCUACCACUUUGUCGACCUGUCCGCUGAUGAGAAGCAACUCCGCCGCCAGACGCUGGACAGGUAUGGGCUGCUGGCCCAGCUCUCGGCUCUGAUCCCCGUCGUUGUGAUUCUGCUCUACCGGCUAGCCAAGAACGCGGCGAACUGGCGCGGGACCAACGGCGACUAUGCUGCUGUCCCCAGCUCGCCCGUCCUCAAGGAGCGGCGCAACAGCAGCGCCGGCAACCCGGGGGCUUGGUCCAGGAGGGCUCAGUGGUGGUUGGGUGAGGAUGUGGUUGUGACCGGCAAAGUCUACGGGCAGCGUGAUCAGUGGCUUGUUGGGAUCUUGUGGACCGCCUGGCUUCUGCUGCUCUCCAUAAUGGAGACUGGGGAGGACUAUCUGCACGUCACGAAACGGCUCGGCCUCGUCGCGAUAUCCCAGUGGCCGCUCCAGUACCUGCUGGCGCUCAAAUCGCUGAACCCCGUGGCGUAUCUCCUUCAGUCUUCGCACGAGCAGGUCAACCGCUGGCACCGAGUCUUGGCACGGGUCACCACCAUGCUACUCUGCCUCCACGUGGCGCUCUACUUCAACUUCUUCGUCCAGAGGGACCGCCUAGACCGGUUGGGUGACCCGGAGGUUCUCGCAGGAAUCAUGGCUUUCUUCGGCCUGUGUCUCCUUCUCUCGACUGCCCUGCGUCCCGUCCGUCGGUUCUCGUACCGUCUCUUCUUCAUCGUGCACCUCGUCAUGGGCAUCAUCGUACCCGUUCAGAUUAUCACCCACGCUGGCCCAUCCAAGCUUUUCUUGCUCGAAGCCCUAGGUGUCUUGUUACUCGAUCUAAUUUCCCGCAAGAUGGAUACUGUCACGGGGAACGCGAUGGUGGAAUCAAUUCCGGGGACGGACCUCGUCAAGAUCACAGCCAGCAUCCCCCAUCCCAAGAUCAACCGCUUCCGCGGGCAACCGGGGUCCCACAUCUACCUCAGCCUCCCCGCCGCCGCGCGAAAGUCGAUGAGUGCCGCUUCCAUCUCGCACCUCCUGUUUGAGCUGCUGUUCAACCCCUUCACCGUGGCUGCCGUGGACGACGAGAGCGGAGACCUGACCUUGAUUGCGCGCCACUGCGGCGGCCCGAUGACGAGGGCCCUGGGACGGCUGGCCAAGCUCGCCAGCAACACCACCAACGCGACCAACGAGGACAAGAUACCGCUGUCCUUCGAAGGCCCAUACGGCGCGGCGAGUCGCUUCCCUCCGUUUGCCGAAUUUGACCGCAUCUUGCUCGUUGCCGGUGGCGUCGGCGCGGCUUUCACGCUCCCCCUGUACCGCUCCAUCGUCGGCGAAAAUCCCGGGGCCAAGGUCCAGAUGGUGUGGGCUGUCCGGCGAGCAGGCGACGCGACGUGGGCGGUGACCGGCAAGGAUGCCCAUCCUCUGUUGAAGGACGACAAUAUCCACCUAUACGUCACGGGGGAUACGACUAGCGCCGAAAGGCCGGAGCGUUCCCGGUACACGCCCGCUGCUGAGCGGGUCGACGGCAGUGACGCCGGGGAAGGCCAGGUGGAAAUGAGCGCCAUGUAUAGGGAUCGGCGGCGGGGCCGGUACACGUCGCAGCACAACCGGAAGCGGCCGGACCUAAAGAGGAUUGUGGACGAUCUGUUCAAGCACGGCCAGGAGGAGCGGGUUGCGGUGCUCGUGUGCGGCCCCAGGGAGAUGGCCGAGGAUGUCAGGGCACAUGUCGGCGUCUGGGUGAACAGGGAGCGGUCAGUGUGGUAUCACAAGGAGGGCUUUGGAUUCUGA